AUUCUUCUAUCAUCUCCUUUCUUUUUGAACUCCCUUCUGCUCUUUUAUACCCGUCCGUCCUUAGUUAAAUUGUACCUGAACGACUCGCAAUCAUGGCGGAAAUGCCCAUUGUCCUCGACGGAGGAACUGGUUUCCUCAAGGUCGGAUAUGCUGCACAGAACUUCCCAGAGCAUCAGUUCCCCUCGAUAGUGGGGCGGCCCAUACUCCGGACGGAGGAACAGGCUGGCGACAUCAUCGUCAAGGAUAUUAUGUGCGGAGAUGAAGCUGCCGCCGCCAGAUCCAUGCUUCAAAUCAGCUAUCCUAUGGAAAAUGGUAUCGUCAAGAAAUGGGAUGACAUGCAACACCUAUGGAACUACACCUUCUACGAUAAGAUGAACAUCGAUCCCACGGGUCGCAAGAUCCUCCUUACCGAACCUCCUAUGAACCCCCUGAAGAACCGAGAACGGAUGGCCGAGACCAUGCUGGAGGGAUACAAUUUCGGGGGUGUUUACGUGGCGAUUCAAGCGGUGCUGGCACUGUACGCUCAGGGUCUUAGCAGUGGUGUGGUCGUUGAUUCCGGUGAUGGUGUCACCCACAUUAUCCCCGUUUACGAAUCCACAGUCUUGAACCACCAUAUCCGCCGUUUGGAUGUUGCUGGUCGCGACGUUACCCGGAACCUAAUCGCCCUCCUUCUCCGCCGUGGAUACGCCCUGAACCGUACGGCAGAUUUCGAGACGGUGCGCCAGAUCAAGGAGAAGCUUUGCUACGUUUCUUACGACCUGGAGCUGGACAAGCAACUCUCCGAAGAUACCACCGUCCUGGUCGAGUCGUACACCCUUCCCGACGGUCGAGUCAUUCGGGUAGGAAGCGAGCGCUUCGAGGCCCCCGAAUGUCUCUUCCAGCCUCACCUGGUCGACGUCGACCAACCCGGAAUUGCAGAGAUGCUCUUCAACACCAUCCAGGGUGCUGAUGUGGAUGUGCGUUCCAGUCUGUACAGGGCAGUUGUGCUCAGUGGUGGUAGCAGCAUGUACCCGGGUCUGCCAUCGCGGUUGGAGAAGGAAGUCAAGCAGCUGUGGCUUACGCGGGUGUUGCAAGGGGACCCGGAGAGACUGAACAAAUUCAAGGUCCGCAUCGAAGAUCCUCCUCGACGGAGACACAUGGUCUUCUUGGGUGGUGCUGUUCUGGCCAACCUGAUCGCCGACAAGGAGGACAUGUGGGUGACCAAGGCAGAAUGGGAGGAGCAGGGUGCUCGGGCUCUGGAGAAGCUCGGUCCCAGAUAAUUUCAUUUUCUUGCUUUGUAUCUCCUUUUUU